GUCUCUCUCGUAUCAAUUUAAUUAUCAUAUCAUGUAAGAAUUAUCAAAUAAUGUAGGAAUUAUCAAAGGGGAAAGAGAAGAGAUAAAAAUGAGUGGUUCAAAAAUACAUUUGCAAAAUUUAAAACAAAUUUUCUUGGAAGCUGUGAAAGCGGUGCGACCGUCCAGUCUAUUAUCCGUUAAAAAUAACUUUAAUUUUCAACCAACGCAAAUUGGAGAGGAGUUGUGCAUAAAAGUUGAUGGAAAAUUGUGGAAUAUUAAAAAUAAGCGUUGUCAUGUGGUAGGUUUUGGUAAGGCUGUUUUGGGUAUGGCUGCUGUUUUAGAAAAGGCAUUACAUCAACAUUUGGUUUCUGGUAUUUUAAGCAUACCGAAAGGAGCGAGUGAACAAUCUCAAAGCCAAGCGGAUAUGCAAUUGUCGUCAGACACAGUUUUUCGUGUAUAUGAAGGAGCCGAGCAUAACCAACCGGAUGAGACGGCUUUACAAGCCGCUUUGGAAAUCAAACAUUUAGCUAAAUCCUUAGGUCAAGAUGAUAUCUUGUUUGUUUUGAUAUCAGGCGGUGGUUCAGCUUUAUUGCCAAUGCCUCGUCGUCCUGUGGAUUUAAAGAAGAAAAUGUCACUUGUACUAGAGCUAUCAAAUCGAGGGGCUAGCAUAAAAGAACUGAACAUUGUACGUAUUGCAUUGUCGGAUAUUAAAGGUGGCCGGUUGGCGUUGGCUGCUUCGCGAGCCCAUGCCGUUGUAUCCUUGAUUAUUAGUGACAUAGUCGGCGAUUCGAUAGAGUUAAUAGCCAGCGGUCCGACUUUUUCUAAAACUAUAUCCAAGCAUCCCAAACCCAAAGAAAUUUUAAGAAGAUAUUCGUUAUGGGACAGCUUAGAUAAAGAUAUUCAGAAAAUGUUGAAAGAGACCCCCGUAUUUAUAUCUCAAGAAAUUAAAAACAACCACGUCCACAUAAUAGGAGAUAAUCGUGUUGCAACUGUAGCAGCGCAGCUUCAAGCGAUAAUAUUUAAUUACACGCCAUGUAUUAUCAGCACCACAGUGCAAGGAAAUUUAGACAAUUUAGUGAAGCAAUAUUGCGAUAUUUUAAAAGGCUUAUACCAAGUCAAUGCAAACAUUAUAACACAAGCGGAAUUCCAGAAAACAUUCCCUUUCGGUGAAGGGCAUUUUCAAAAGCUUAUGAUCACUUUAAAAAUGUGCUUCACACGUAGAAAACCUUUACUUUUAAUAGCUGGGGGGGAGCCGACCGUAAAGGUUAAAGGAAGCGGUUUAGGUGGCCGUAAUCAGGAAUUAUCGUUACGUUUAUCUAAAAGAUUUUUUGAAGAUCCUCAGCUAAGAAAUAUAUUUUUCCUUAGUGCCGGAACUGACGGUAUAGAUGGUCCCACCGAUGCUGCCGGUGCCCUAGGCUGUCAUAAUGUUAUACAGGAUUUUUUAGAUCAAAACGAUAACGAUUUAGAAAAAUUACAAACUUAUUUAGAAGAAAAUGAUUCGUACAAUUUCUAUAAGAAUUUAAAUAAUGGGGAAUAUCAAAUUACUACCGGCCAUACGGGUACAAAUGUUAUGGAUUUACAUUUCUUAUUAUUAUCAGAUCGAGUUAAGUCAGCUGCUGCUGCUGAUGCUGAUGCUGAUGUUGAAGCUGAAGCUGAUGCUGCUGCUGCUAGUGCUGCUGCUGCUGCUGUUGGUGGUGGUUGUCAAAAUGCCUCUAGCAAUGUUAGGCAAAUGAGCUUAACAGUCGCCCAGCCGGUCGGUCAUCCAGCUAGCUACGACUACAAUAACACCAACAACAGCAACAACAACAACAACAACAACAAAAAGAUCAACAAAGAGAAGCAAUAG